AGCCUUUGCUGCAUGCGCGCUCGGCCGCACACUGACCAUGAUCUACGCCUGUCGCGCGCCGCGGCUCGCGAUGAACGCAUGCAUGCUGCAGUACCAGAACCAGGACGAGCUGGACCGGGCGCGGUCCGAGUGGUUUGAGCUCGCCGAGGAGCGGAAGCGGGCGCGCCGCGAGCACAAGCGGCGGCUGGAGGAUGCGCGCGGGAAGCACAAGGAGUGGUGGAAUCUGGACGACAGUGGACGGCUGAUGGGGAAGAAGGCUGAGGAGGGCGCGGGGAGGAGGGAAGAGAAUCGGGUUGAUGCUUCGGGGGUCACGAGGGGUGGGGUGUGGGGCGGGACGUGAGGGUUUGCCUGGCUCUGGAGGUGGAUUUGCAGCGCCGCGGAUAAGGCUGGCGUGCGGAUAAGGCUGGUGUGCGGAUAAAGCUGGCGUGCGGAUAAAGCUGGUGUGCGGAUGAAGCUGGUGUGCGGAUAAAGCUGG